UUUCUUCUUGUAUGAGUUGUCUCCACUCUUCCUCUUCCACGAGGGAAAAUUAGGGUUUUGUCUUUCUUCAGUACCCCCCUUAUUUUUUCAAAGCUUUCUAUUUUCACUCUUUCAAAGAAAAAGAUUUGAACUUUCCUCCUCUAAACCUUAGCUUCCAUGGCAAAAACAAGACCAGGGAUUUCUGGGACCAGGCCCAAACAAGGGACGAAGGACAUCAACUCUUACACCAUCAGAGGCACCAACAAAGUUGUUAGAGUUGGGGAUUUUGUUCUGAUGCGUCCUUCCGACAGUGGUAAGCCUCCGUAUGUGGCACGAAUUGAGAAAGUGGAAGCAGAUAGCAGGAACAAUGUAAAGGUUCGAGUACGGUGGUAUUAUCGUCCUGAGGAGUCGCUUGGAGGAAGGAGGCAGUUCCAUGGUGCAAAGGAGUUGUUUUUGUCAGACCACUAUGAUGUGCAGAGUGCUCAUACCAUUGAAGGAAAGUGCAUUGUUCAUUCUUUCAAGAACUACACUAAGCUGGAGGAUGUUGGGGCCGAAGAUUACUAUUGUAGGUUUGAGUAUAAAGCUGCUACUGGGGCCUUUACACCUGAUCGAGUUGCUGUGUACUGUAAAUGCGAGAUGCCAUACAACCCUGAUGAUCUCAUGGUCCAAUGUGAGGGCUGCAAGGACUGGUACCAUCCUGCUUGUGUGAGCAUGACAAUUGAAGAAGCAAAAAUGUUGGAUCACUUUAUUUGUUCUGAAUGUGCUGAGGAGGAUGUCAAAAGAUCACAGAACGGGUUUCAUCCACCACCAGUAUCUGACAUAACGGUGGAGGCCAAACGGCAAAAGAGAUAAAUUUUUGUUGCAUGAGGGGAGAGAUUCCUUAUGCAGAUUUAGCUCGUCGGCUGCUGUUGUGUGAGUUGUAUAGGGUAGAAGUUGUGUUUUAUCCAAACUUGUGGCUGUUUGUAACUUAAUGUGUUGGCGUGGAGACAUUUGUGCCUGUGGUAGGUUAAGGAGAUUAAGUCUGUGCAGGAGAAUUCAUCUGUAGUUUCUCUGAUGUUGAACCGAUAUUUACGAUACAACAUCUUAACACAUCUUCAUCUUGUCUUUCUAUCCAUUACACACGAUCUUGGUUAUGCA